AUGUUCCUACUCAUUUAUAUUUAAAUUGCAUUUACUCUUUAAGAUUGCUAAUAAUAAUAUUUAGAUUGUUUUAAUCAAGAUAAUUGUAUCAUAAAAGAUUGUGAAGCAUUAUUAUUUCAAUAAACUACAUGGAACUUUCAAAAUAUUACUAUGAUUAAUGUUAUUUUCAAUAUUGAAAAUCAUUAAUCCUCUGUUGAAUAAUACUCUUUAAUAGCAUAAAUUAUGAGUAUAUAAUCUUCAAUAUUUUAAUAAAAUAUUGGAGAAUACAUUGUAGAUUUAAUAUUUAAUGGAUAACAAAUCUUACUUUAAGAUAUAGACUUUGUUUUAUUUGAAAAAGUUUAAUUUACAGCAAAAACUCUAUUAUUGAAGGAUGUUGUAAUGAAUACAAAUCUUUUGAUGAUUUAUUCUGAUUAUGUUAAAUUAGAAAACUCUUUAAUAUAAUGCCAUUUUUUUAAAUGUCUAGGUGCUGAUUGUCAAUGUAACUAAGGCUAUUGUAAUAAAAGUUCAAUUAUAGACAUAAAAUCAUUUUAGAGAAUUCCAAUUAAUUUAGAUGAGAAUUUCACUCUUGGUAUAGCAUCUGAUGAAGUAUUAUUGUAAAAUACAUAAUUAUAUGGAAGUAGUAUAGGUGUUUAUGCUAAUAAAUCUAAUAUAACAAUUGAUUCAAAUUCUAUAGUUUAUGCAUCUGGUUUAGGUUGUAAAGAAUAAUAAGGAUAUGGUUGUGGAUUUUAUGAUUGGAUGUUAUCAUAUACUUUAAAAUGUGGUUCAUCUGGAGGUAGUCAUGGAGGUUUUGGUGAAAGACCAAAAUCAGAAGUGAAUGAUUUUAAUGAAUAAUGUUAAAAGUUAAUACCAAGAUAAGCAUAUGGAAAUCCUUUUAAUCCAUUAUUUGAGGGUUCUGGAGGAGGUGGAAAUUACUUUGGAGGAUAUGGAGGAGGAGUUAUCUAUUUUUAGAGUGUCAAUAUUAUAAUAGAUGGGAUAAUUGAAGCAAAUGGAGAAUCUUCUUAAAGAGAUGAUUAUAUUAUAUAUGGUGGGGGAUCUGGAGGAUCAAUAUAAUUAAGAGGUAAGUUAUUUGGAAAAGGACUCAUAUCAGCUGAAGGUGGUUAAGGAUCAAAAAUAAGUGGUAAAGGAAGUGGAGGGAGAAUAUUUUUUGAUGAUCCAAUGAAUCAUAAUCUAAAAAUAACUACAGGAUUUAAUUCUUCAUAAGGAACAAUAUAUUAUUAUGAGUGUCCUUAAGGUUUUGGAAUAAAUAGAUAAGAUUCAAAAUGUAUUUAGUGUCCAUCAGGCUUUUAUGCUUAUUUGUCUAGUGUUGGAGAAUGUAAAAGAUGCAUUAAUUAUGAUGAUGAUGUUAAUAUUUAUGAAUUAUCUAUUAGUCCUAUAUGUAAAAUUAAAUCAUGCAAACCUGGUAAAAUUCUAGAUAAAUAAUAAUGUGUUGUGUAUAAUUUUGUUAGAUAAUCUGGAGGUGAAAUUGUAUUAUUUGGAAUUAGUUUUUUUAUUGGAUUGUUAAUAGUAAAUUUUAUAAUAUUUCUCUGUUUAUAAGAGAGAAUUUCUAAUCAUAAAGUAAGCCAUUCUACUAUAAUAUCAUUUACAGACUUUUAAGAAAAUCCAAAUUUAUUUGAAGCAGCAUCUGAAGAUCCAAAAUUUCUACCUGAAGAUCUUCCUUACUAUGUUAGAAGACUAUAUGUUUAAGGCAAUAAUACUCCUAAUACUCCAUGGCAUUUACCAUUACAUACUUAACUAGAUUAAUACUAUAUCAAUAAUAUAGUUUAGAAUAUUAAUUCUAUUGGAAUAUAUACAAAAUUGUAAUAAGUCUCAUUGUUAUUAUUAAAAAUUUGGUACUUUCCUUUUUAUUUUAUAUUAUUAAAAUACUAUUAAAAGAAAAAAUCUAAGUAGAUCUUAAAUUUUAUGUCAAAGAAUAAUAAAUUUAAUAUUUAUUGUCUAAAACUAUCAUUUAGUUCAGAUUAUACAUUAGCAUAUAUUGAUGUUUUAAAUUAUAAUAAUAAUAUAUUAGAUUGGAAUAAAUCAACUCAAUUUCCAAUUUCUUUGGUUUUAUAAGGUGAUGGAGAUUUUUUAUUUCCUUGGCAAAUCAAUUUAAAAGAUCCUUUAGUAAAAUCUAUGAAGAUGUCAUUUGAAAAAUAGAAGAUAUUUGUGACAAUAGAUGAUGGAGAGUCAGAUGUAUUAUUAUCUGAAAAUGAUGAAGAGGAAAUACGUACAUUUGAUGAAUUCAUUACAAAAUUCAAUUUAUUAAUGUUAUAAAUAGAUAUUAGAAAGGGAAAUGCUGAAUUUAUAAAGAAUUGUUUUUCUUUAUUUGAAUUUAUAGAUGAAAGCAAUAGAGAGAUAUUCAACAAAAAACAAAUUUUGUUAGAUAUAUGUUUUCAUAUUCUAGGAAUUCAAUAAUCAUCUUUAAUUAUAUUAACAACAUAGAAGCUAUUGGAUUUUUAAUAAACUUUGAGAGAACUUCAUUAUAUUGUAAAUUACAAAUCAGAAUAUUAGAUUAAAGUAUCAGUUAACUUUGAAAAAUAAGAUUUUAAUGUCAAGAGAUAUUAUGAUAAUUAGAUAAUAAUAAAUACAAUCAAUGAUAUAAAUAAAUAAAUAACUACAUAUUAAAGAUAUGAAGAAGACAAAGAAGAAUUGAACAAUUUAAAAAUGUAAAUGUAAAGGAAAAUAGAAGCUGAUGGUAUACUUACACCUUUAAUUACAUAAAAGUUUGAUUUGGAAGAAGAAGAAGAUAAUAAUUCAUAAAAAAUAAAUAAAUGUAAUAUAUUAUGGAUUAGAAUUAAAAGAAUAAUCACAAUAAUAUUUGCUUAUUUUCUACGUUACAGAGAUUUCAAAAAUGAGAGAAUGUUGACUUCAGUUUUAGUUAUUUUAUGUAUAAUUUAAAUUACACUUUAUGUAAUUUAUGUAUUAGAAUUGAUAGUUGAUUUUUUAGAUGAAACUAUUAUAGAUUAAAAAUAUAUUUAUCGUUUUUAUAUUGUUGAAGCAAUUGUGUAAAUAACUUUAUUUCCCUUCUCAUAAUUAAUUACUGAAUUAGUAUUAGUAUUUUGGGUAAAAUCAUUAAAUAUUAUUUAUAGUUAUUAAAUCCACAGAAGAAAUAUUAUGGAAAGAACUUUUUAAUAUUUAACUUCUGUUCCACUAUUAAUAAUAUGAUUUUAUCAUUAUUUGCCAUCAUAGAAUUCGCAAUAAUUACAAUUUAGAAUUUAGAUUCAGACUAUUACUUCUUUGCAUCUAUAAAGCUAAUACUAUUUUUGAUUCAAAUUUUAUAAGGGUAUUUAGGGACUAAAUAUUUAACACUUUGA